GCUCCGGUGAGAAAAAGUCGUGACUCGUUUGGCUACGACUGCACACUCCGUUCAGUGAAUUCAAUCAAAAACGCUCUUUCGUAUGAUUGUGAAGGUUCCAGCAGUGAUUCUGACAGCGGCUAUUCGGUGUGCAAAAGUGUUCCAGAACGGAUGAACUUGUUAGGUAGCUUUGAGGAAAGUGCCUUGAAGGGCAGAAUUCAGCCGUUUAGUGUCAUAGACGGAUUCACUGCAGAUUUGGGUGCGAGUGGCUCGUUCUGUCCGCCGCACGUGAGGUUAGCCGUUGCCACCUUUUACUUCAGCCCUUACGACGACAGUCCACCUUUGCCGUAUUACGGACACUGCAACCUGGAGCAGCUUGGAAAGCGACGCUACCAUAUUCCUGCUCGAGGCAACGUUCAAGUGACUGUAUUCAAUCCCCAGGGAUCAGUAGUGAAGAUGUUCAUAGUUCAGUACAACUUGUCUGACAUGCCGCCUUACUGUCAGACGUUUGUUAGACAGCGCACUUAUUUUAUGCCCUACAAAGCUACCCUCGACGACGUUAUCGCUCAUCGCAGCUGGCUCAGGUAUCUUAUUCACUUACGCUUUUGCAGUUCGCGAUCGAGAAAAAUCUACCUACACUCAGACAUCAGGAUGCUGUUCUCGCGCAAGUCGGAACUAGACGCAUUCAAUCUGAACUCAGUCGGCGGUCAAAAUGUGGAAUUUGGGCAGCAGGACAGCGAAAGCUACGAUUUGCGAUCGUUUACGGAAAUGCCGGAAAAUCCCAGAUAUUCUCCUAGAAAGCUGUUCUUCUGUGGCCCUGAAGACAAAUAG